AUGGCAGCUGUUACCUUGCCGGAUAGGGCAACUUUUACAGACGGGCUCUAUACUCAGUGUCUUUCUGGACAUCUGCACCAGAUUCUGGCAAGGCUAGAACAGAGGGCUAACGGAAUUUCCGGGUCCCUAGCUCUCCCAACGCAGAAUGCCAGACUUGACACAUACCGAUAUACCGCCGCAACUCAUCUAGGUCGUAGGCCUGUGGCAGCCUUCACGAUGUAG